CGCGGGGCGCGCUGUGCGCCAGGCGGAUGUCCGGGCCGGCCGGGCCGGAGCUGGGGAAGGAGAUGGCGGAAGGCGGAGGCUGCGGGCAGCGGCCGGACGCGGAGACCCAGAAAUCUGAGCUCGGAACUUUGAUGAGGACGGCGCUUCAGCGAGGGGCACAGUGGUAUCUGAUUGACAGCCGGUGGUUCAAGCAGUGGAAGAAAUAUGUGGGCUUUGAUAGCUGGGAUAUGUACAAUGUGGGUGAAAACAACCUGUUUCCUGGCCCAAUAGAUAACUCCGGACUUUUUUCAGAUCCUGAAAGUCAGACCUUAAAGGAACAUUUAAUUGAUGAACUAGACUAUGUAUUGGUUCCUACUGAAGCCUGGAAUAAAUUAGUGAAUUGGUAUGGCUGUGUAGAAGGGCAGCAGCCUAUAGUCAGAAAAGUUGUGGAACACGGCCUGUUUGUCAAACACUGCAAGGUAGAGGUUUAUUUGCUGGAACUGAAGCUCUGUGAAAACAGCGACCCCAACAAUAUGCUGAGUUGCCAUUUCAGCAAAGCAGAUACCAUAGCAACCAUUGAGAAGGAAAUGCGGAAACUAUUUAACAUUCCUGAUGAGAGGGAAACAAGGUUGUGGAACAAGUAUAUGAGUAAUACAUACGAGCAGCUCAGCAAGCCAGACAACACUGUGCAAGAUGCUGGUUUAUACCAGGGGCAGAUACUAGUCAUUGAGCCCCAAAAUGAAGAUGGCACAUGGCCUAGACAGACACUUCAGUCCAAAUCAAGCACUAGCAGAGCUUUUACUACCUCUCCAAAAUCAUCAGCAAGCUCCUAUUCCUCCAUGUCUGCUUCUCCCAUUACAAAUGGUGACAGUGCUAACUCUUCUGGCGUGCACAGCUCCGGUCUCAGCAGGGGAGGUUCUGGCUUCUCCAAUUCUUAUAGUUGCCGAGAGUCUCAAUCUCACACUCAGCCUGGGCUUUGUGGACUUGGAAACCUGGGGAACACCUGCUUCAUGAAUUCUGCUUUGCAGUGCUUGAGUAACACUGCACCAUUGACUGAAUACUUUCUGAAAGAUGAAUACGAGGCUGAAAUCAACCGAGAUAAUCCUCUGGGCAUGAAAGGGGAAAUUGCUGAGGCCUAUGCUGAACUCAUCAAACAGAUGUGGUCUGGGAGGAACACCCAUGUGGCCCCUCGGAUGUUCAAAACCCAGGUUGGUCGUUUUGCCCCUCAGUUUUCAGGUUACCAGCAGCAGGAUUCUCAAGAGUUAUUGGCCUUUCUUCUGGAUGGAUUACAUGAGGAUCUGAACCGUGUGAAGAAAAAACCAUACUUGGAGCUAAAGGAUGCCAAUGGCCGGCCUGACUUGGUGGUAGCAAAGGAAGCAUGGGAGAAUCACAGGUUAAGGAAUGAUUCUGUGAUAGUGGACACUUUCCAUGGUCUUUUCAAAUCCACAUUGGUCUGCCCAGAAUGUUCUAAAAUUUCUGUGACUUUUGACCCAUUCUGUUAUUUAACUCUUCCCUUGCCCCUGAAGAAAGAUCGCACUAUGGAGGUAUUCUUGGUUUCUGCAGAUCCACAGUGUAGACCAACUCAGUAUCGAGUGACCGUACCAAUGAUGGGGGCUGUGUCUGACCUGUGUGAGGCUCUCUCAAAGCUCUCUGGUAUUGCUGCUGAAAACAUGGUGGUCACAGAUGUGUAUAAUCACCGGUUCCACAAAAUUUUCCAAAUGGAUGAAGGUUUAAAUCAUAUUAUGACCCGGGAUGACAUCUUUGUGUAUGAAGUCUGCAAUACAACAGAUGAUGGAUCAGAAUGUGUCACUUUUCCAGUUUACUUCAGAGAGAGGAAAGUCAGGCAGACAAGCACAUCUUCUGGGACUGUUCUGUAUGGACAACCAUUGUUAAUCUCUGUCCCAAAGCACAAAUUAACUCUUGACUACUUGUACCAGGUUAUCUGUGAGCGUAUCAGCCGCUACAUAAAAUAUCCUUUACCAGAUGACUCUCCUAGACCUCACCUGGACAGUGCUACCUGCAAUGGUUCCAAUGGCAUUUGUGAAGGAGAAGAAGAAAUGGAACACCAAGACGAAAGCAAAGGACAAGUUACAGAAACAGAGACCUGUGCAUCAGAAGAUUGUGUGGAACAUGAAUUGGGAAAUGAGUCCUGUCAGAAUGUGCCAAAGAGAGUCAGAGGCCAGCACUGCAAGAAAAGGCUUUUUACCUUCAGCCUGGUGAAUUCCUAUGGCACCACUGACAUCAAUUCUCUUGCAGCAGAUGGGAAACUCCUCAAACUGAACUCUCGUUCCACAGUUGCUGUUGAUUGGGACACCGAAACCCGGUGUCUUCACUAUGAUGAACAAGAAUCAGAGGCUUAUGAUAAACACAGCAGUAUGCUCCAGCCCCAGAAGAAGAAGAAAACCACAGUGGCCCUCCGAGAUUGCAUAGAGCUCUUCACUACCAUGGAAACCCUUGGGGAGCAUGAUCCUUGGUACUGUCCUAACUGUAAGAAACAUCAGCAGGCCACAAAGAAAUUUGACUUGUGGUCCUUGCCAAAAAUAUUGGUGGUUCAUCUCAAACGAUUUUCAUACAACAGAUACUGGAGGGAUAAACUUGACACAGUCGUUGAAUUUCCAAUAAGAGACUUGCAUAUGUCUGAAUUUGUCUGUGACCCGGCAGCUGGCCCUUAUGUCUAUGACCUUAUUGCAGUAUCCAAUCAUUAUGGAGCCAUGGGUGUGGGCCACUAUACUGCAUAUGCAAAAAACAAACUGAAUGGCAAAUGGUAUUACUUCGAUGAUAGUAAUGUAUCCCUGGCCUCUGAGGAUCAAAUCGUGACAAAAGCAGCAUAUGUAUUGUUUUACCAGCGUCGGGAUGAUGAAUUUUAUAAGGCACCCUCACUCCCAGGUUUCCCUGGCCCCUCUGAUGCAGGAAAGAAAGGAAGGCGCUCCCAGGAGGGGCUGGAGGAGGAUGAUAUGUAUAGCAUGGAUACCAACUGAAACUGCCUGAAGUCAGCCACUAGCUUAAAGAAUAUCAUUUGACACAUCUGGAACAUCUCUUGCACUCUAAAAGCUGCCAGAUGUACAGACUGCCAUCCAUAAAGGAAAUUCCUUUUUUAUGGAACGGAAGAGAAAAAAAAGACCCUGUUUGCUCAUGAAGGGUUAUGUUGAGAGGCUGAAUUAUUAUUUUUAAAUACAAGUUGUGGGAAAGUUCUGUAAACACCUGUGAUGCCACAGAGCUGGGGUCAACAGGGUAAGGGCUGCAAGGCUGGAGGAGCCACAUGUGAUUGGGGAAGUGGGUUGGGGGGGGUGAAAAGAUGAUAUUGAGUGCCGCUGGGGGGAGGGAGUGAGGGAGAGAAUAUUUCUCCAGGAAAAUCUUCCAAGUAGCUCUUUUUGGUGCACCCAAAUGGUUGUUGGCAGUAGUGAGCCCUCUGUAUUGACUGGAAUAGAUUCUACUCCAGAGUUCUCAGAGCUCCACUUUCCCAUUUCUCUUUGCCAGCUGCCACUGUAGCCUCUCCCACAAGAAAUGCACCCAAAAGUGAAAUUGGGUGCUUUUUUGAUCUGCCAUUCUUGUACCUUGACACAGAUUUACUUGAAAAAUUCCUCCUCUUCCCCUUGAGUUCUGAUAUCGGAUCCCUCUUAUAUUUCCAGAAUGAAAUGACUUGAAUGCAUCUGCUUUCUCAAUAAGUGUAGAUUUUAAAUGUAUUUGAAUCUCCUGUCAUCUCCCCUAGUGUGGGAUAUCUUUAGAUGCUAAUGACUACUGUAUUCAGUGAAUUGAAAUAUUUUGAUUCUAUAUUCAGCUGGAUUUUUUAUUAGCUAUAGCUAAAAAACAAUCUCCCCAUCUUUAAGGCUGCCAAGGACUUAGUUUUCUUAGUCUUUCCCCGGAAACAUUAAUUUUGGUACUGUUUCUUCCUUGCUCACCCUGAGGGCCUGCAACUAAGAAUUUCUUGUCAUUUGCAUCAACACUGAAAAGGAACCAUUUGGUAAAAGGAAAGUUAGUUCUUGCCAACCCACUUUCCAUUCUGGUUAUGCAGCUGGAGGGGAUAGGAAACAAAUUUAUUUCACUACUUCCCUUUCUGAUACACUCUUCUUGGAGAGGAGGAGAGGGUUUCUCCUCUGAUAAACCGCAGAUCACCUUUUACUCUCAACAUUUGUCUUGUUUGGGGCACCCUUUUCCUUCUUUUCUGGUCUUUCCCUGAUGUCUGAAUUUCAGGCCUGCCAUUUGGUGUCGAUCAGUAUUCUGAUUUUCAUUGGCUUCACCUGGCUUCCUCUACUUGCAGAGGCUUCCAGAAAGCACCUGGACUGGACACCAUUUUAUUUCUGCCUCUUGAUGGCAAAGUCACCAUUUAAUUUAUAGAACACAGACUCUUGUUUCCAUGUUUUUAAAAUGCAUAUGCCAAAGGUCUUUUCUUUUACUAACAAAAACCUGUCAGCAUUCUUUAAAUUAGCUUCUAAUCCAGUGUGCUCUCUAGUCCACAAACUCACUUUCUUCUCCCAAUGCCACUGCCUUUCUCUUGUGCCUAGGACUGCCUAUCUUGGCUUCUGUCUACUGACAUCACUAGUUCUGUCCCUGGCUCUCUUUUCCCCAAAUAGGCCCGAUCAGGAGCUGGUCCCUUGCAUGCAAACUAUAUAAAGAACCAAUGGCAAGCGAAUGAAUUUGGUUUUCUGCUGUUGUAGAGGAAGAGGAACGUGGACCAACCCUGAUCCUAGUUGGUAGAUGACUAGGGCCUGCUCUCUUACCUCUGCGCUUAAUCCAAGAGGCUGCCCAACCCGUGGUACUUUGCCACUUCCCACCUGAUGAAUGGACGCUGGCCGUUCCCGGCCAGGUGUGCUUGGCUCCAACCCUUCACUCACUAUUUCAAAGCACUGACAUUGUAGUUUGUUUAGCUCACGAUUGCUUUUGGUGUAUUGCUUUGUAGACCAUCCCACGUGUUCAGGGCCGGGCAGACCCGGCCUGGGCCCCCUGACCCUGCCCCUGCCCUCCCACCUGCCUACCCCGCAGCCUCGGCCAGGUCCAGAACAAAACAUGCCUCUGCCGAGCCUGGGCCAUUUGGUUGUAAGGGAAAUGCCCCUUUGCCUGUUUUCUUCCUUUGAGAUCGGCCGCGUGACCGAGCCGCGGUGGUGAAACAACGCGAUUGCCCCUCAGGGCCCUGAAUCCUAAGGGGACAUAAUGUAGCCUAGGGGAGCGGCCGGAGCCCUUCCCUUCCUGCCUCGGCUGAGCCGGGGUCUCUGGCAGCUCGAGACCCCUUGAGGACCAUGCUGCCCGCCUGCAACACCGGGUUUUUAUGCUAGAAAGAAUAAAAGCGAAUGGUUUGCACUAA